AUGGAUGAACUUGCAUGCUUUGUGCCCGGUAUGCUGGCAUUGGGAGCGUCAGGCUAUGGCCCCGAAAAGGCAGAGCAAAUUAUGAAUCUUGCAAGAGAGCUUGCAUGGACAUGUUAUAACUUCUACCAAUCAACUCCUACAAAAUUGGCUGGAGAGAACUAUUAUUUCCGUGGCGGACAGGACAUGGUCGUGGGCACAUCAUGGAACAUCCUUAGACCAGAGACUAUUGAGUCACUUAUGUAUUUGUGGCGCCUAACCGGUAAUAAAACAUACCAAGAUUGGGGUUGGGACAUAUUCCAAGCAUUCGAGAAGAAUUCCCGUGUAGAAUCUGGAUAUGUUGGUCUGAGAGAUGUGAAUACUGGUACAAAAGACGACAUGAUGCAGAGCUUUUUCCUGGCGGAGACACUCAAGUACCUGUACCUGCUGUUCUCCCCGCCAUCGUUUAUCUCGUUCGAUGAGUAG